AUGUCUCGAAAUUCUCAUAUUGAAUUUAAAAUUAAUAGUUCAAAACGAUCGAAAAUUAAUCCUAAUUUAUCAUCUGCUGUUCAAUUUGAUUCAACAACAAUAUCUGAUAAUAUUCCACAAGAAUUUAUUUCCAGUCUUGAUAAUGGUACAAUAAAACCUAGUAAUGUUUCUAUAUGCACAUCUAAACGUUCCAUUCCUGUUCAGCCUAAUACUCAUCAUGAUAUUUUUAAAUAUAAAAAAACUUGUCGUAAAUCUUUUAUAUCGUCAGAUCCUAUUGUGAAUGUUUUAAAUAACAAUUUACAACAAAUUAAUAUUGAUGAAACAAAAUCAAAUAAUGAUAAUGAAUCCAUUCAUGUACAUAUUAUAGAACAAGAUCAUCUUAGUAAUACAUUAGAAAAUGAUAUUGAAAAUGCUGAUUAUGAUCAAGUACCUAUUGAAGAUUUUGGUAUGGCUGUUAUGCGUGGUAUGGGUUAUAAUGAAAAUACUGGUCUUGGUAAAUCAAAUAAAAAACAAGUUGAUAUAUUUCAACCAGAAAUACGACCUCAUGGCCUUGGAUUAGGAGCAGAUCGAGAAGUAUUAAUAAAAAUAAAUAAAUUAAAACGUAACUUAAAAGAAGCUGGUAUUAAUGAAAAUGAUGAUUUAUAUUUUGAAAAAGAAGCUUCUGUUUUUAUUGAAAAAGGUUCAUUGUAA